UAUUUCUCAAACUAGAGACUCUAAUGUAUUUGUCUUCUUGCUGAGCUGUGCACCGGGGCCUCCCACUUCUCUUUCUGCUCUGGUUAGAGCCCGUUUGUGCUGUUCUCUGAAGGGAGUAGUACACACCGCUGUAGGAAAUUUUCAGUUUCUUUGCAAUUUCUCGCAUUGAAUAGCCUUCAUUUCUAAGAACAAGAAUAGACUGGCGAAUUUCACAUGAAAGUUCUUUUUUUCUGGCCAUUUUGAGAGUCUUAUCGAACCCACAAAUGUGAUGCUCCAGAUAAUCAACUAGCUCAAAGGCCAGUUUUAUCUCUUCUCUCAUCAGCAAAACAGUUUUCAGCUGUGCUAACAUAAUUGCACAAGGGUUUUCAAGGGUUUUCUAAUCAUCCAUUAGUCUUCUAAGGCGAUUAGCAAACACAAUGUACCAUUAGAACACUGGAGUGAUAGUUGAUGGAAAUGGGCCUCUAUACACCUAUGGAGAUAUUUCAUUAGAAACCAGACGUUUCCACCUAGAAUAGUCAUUUACCACAUUAACAAUGUAGAGAGUGUAUUUCUGAUUGAUUUAAUGUUAUCUUCAUUGAAAAAAACAGUGCUUUUCUUUGAAAAAUAAGGACAUUUCUAAGUGAUCCCAAACUUUUGAACGGUAGUGUAUAUAUAUAUAUUUAUAUCUAAUCUAAAUCAUUAUAAACUAGGGGUGCUCACACUUUUUCAGCAUGCAAGCUACUUAUUAUGCGCACAGACACGCCGGCAUCGGAGCUCUGCGGCGAGCUGAGAAGUGUUAACGUGACACGUAGAGACAGAAAUGACAUGCUGUUGUUUGGAUACGAUCAAUAAGAUAAGAUAUAUACUUUUAUUAAUCCCCAAGGGGAAAUUAGUUCUCUGCAUUUAACCCAUCCUUAGUUAUUAAGGAGCAGUGGGCUGCAGUGAUGCGCCCGGGAAGCAACUGGGGGUUCAGUGCCUUGCUCAAGGACACUUCGACUUCCAACAACUAAUGGGGAGAGCCGGGAUCGAACCGACAACCUUGGGGUUGCAGGACGACCCCCUUACCCCACUGAGCUACAGCCGCCCCCAAACAGACGGCUGUUUAGUUUAAUAAAUGAACAAAGACGUGCUCUUUAAGAAAAGGGACCUUAACGACCUAUAAACCGAGUCUGCACCCAUUGGCCCCUCUGUGUUUACCACUCUGACCUUUAGGUGCUGCAGAGCAUCGCAUCACUCAUUCUGAGACUAUUAGCUACGCGUGCAUGGCCUUAAUGACACCAAUCGUGAAACAUGUCCAAAACAAAGGUUAAUGCGUACGCUGAAUAAGGAGGAGAGUGCAGAGGGAGGGAGAGAGGAAAGCAGGCGCACUGGGCAUGGGAUAGAGUUUCUCCCGGUAACGGAUCUCUUUGACCCCCAUGGAUUCGGUUUCUCCUCCUCUGUGGACUCGCACGACAACACACGCGACAUGUCACCAAGAGACAUACCUUUUAUUUACCCGAUGAUGACUAAUUCCUCCUUUUUUACAAACUAACAGAGCAAACUCAUGGUGAUCGCCGAGUGCGCUCCGCGGUCGCUGCCCGGCCUCGUGUUACCUUCCUCGGGGCAGCAUGGGCUCGUGAGAUGCCUUCGCUGUGGAAACGGAUAACCUUCUCGGUGGCCUCGGUGCUCUGUGUCGGCUCGGUGGUGCUCCUGGUCGUGGCCUUGUCCACGGAGCGAUGGGUCACCGGACGGAUCCUGUGUAAAACCGGGGCGGAGAUAGUGAACGCGUCCCACCCGGAGCUGGAGCAGUUCAUCGGGGACAUUUACUACGGCUUGUUCCAGGGAGGAAAGACCAAGAAGUGUGGGCUCGGCAACAGGCGCUCCAAGAUAUACAUUUUCCCAAAGCUUGUGCGGACGUUGAAUGGCGGCCUUCACAUGAUGGUGAUCCUCUUCCUGCUGGUGGCUGUGGGUUUCGCACUGGUCAGUCUGUCUUUCUGCAUAUACAACGCACGCAAAGUUCCCUAUCAAAGCAUCAAAGGGCUCAAAGGACUCUACCUGUGGAACGUCAUCGCUGCUCUUUUCGGUGCCCUGGGUGUACUGUGUUUCCUGGCAGCCAUGAGGCACCACGCUCUGACCGAGCGGGUGGCCAAUCAUCGGGAGAACUUCUUCGUGCUGGUUGUCCUGGACGACGGCCUGGACUGGUCCUUCUGGCUGGGCGUAGGCAGCAUUGCGACUCACUUGGCCGUCUGUGGAGUGGUUGCCAUGAGCCGAAUCAAAAUGCCCAAACCGGAGAUCAAGAAACCAGAAGAACCCACCAUCUCUGCUCUGGACCUGCUCUACUGAAGGACCAAUCAACCGAGGAGCAUUUACAGGACUGGAGGAAACCCCAAUGACAGACAGCCGAGUGAAACCAGCAUUGUGCCAGUGCCAAGCGUCCUGCAUCCCAAACUUCCCUUUGCAUUCUGGACAUGUUGGAUAUAUUCUGUCGAUAGCUGCAAAAUGUAAAUAUAUCAUUAUUGUUUUCCUUAUAGGUAUAGUUUUUAACUCACUUUAUUGUUCGCUUAAAGUCUCCAUUUUGGUUUUCAGAGUAAUUAUUGUUGAUCCCUAAUAGAAAUUGUACAAUUAUGCAUGAAUAACAAUUUACUUCACAGGGAGUUGUGGUAUAUGUAAUGUUAACAAUCUUCCAUAAACAGAAAGAGAUUUAUUUUUUCACUUUUAUUCACUUUAUCUUGGUCAUAAAAUGUUCAGCUGUUAUAAAGGUUAAGUCACUCUGGCCAUCAUUAAGGGACUUCUAUACAUUUAAUAGAUUGGUUAUUAUGUCCUGGUCAUUAACACUAUAACAUAUAAGACAUCAAUUAAAUAAUUAUAGUUGAAGCACAAGUUUGUGUUUUAUUGUUGUUAUUAUCUCCUAAUGACCUGAGGGAUUGUUCUUUCUUUUGUAUUUGCUCUGUAAUAAUAUUUUAAUCUCUAAACUUGCAAAUAUCAGGUCUUGACCCAGCGAAGAUUUCCUUCUUAUAAAAAUAUAAUUCAUGAUGUAAAUUAAUCUACUGUAUGAUGUAAGUGAAACAGAAACAUCAAGUGACGCCGUUGUCAUGGAAUAAAUAAUUUUCUUGCUUAAAAUUGUGUGCAAAAGUAUUACAUUUAAAAUUAGGUGAGUUUCCCUUUUUCAGACUUGAU